CCGAUCUACGAAUUGACAAGCACGUGAAUCCAAAAGUAAUCUUCUUGCACAUAAAAUGCUCUAAAACCGACCCAUUUCGUCAAGGGCACACUAUCCGCCUUGGAGUCUCAGGUAAUGUCGUUUGCGCAGUUCGAGCAUUGCUGCAUUAUCUUCAUUUGCGGGGAGGUAAUGCAGGACCUUUGUUCCGCCACAAGAACGGGUUGCCACUGACGAGAACGAUGCUAACAGCGUGGCUACGAAACGCGGUAUCCCGCGCUGGUAUAGAAGGAAACUUUUCAGGACAUAGCUUUCGUAUUGGGGCUGCAACAUCCGCAGCCACGGCCGGAAUUCCCGACCAUCUCAUUAAGACCUUGG